UGAAAUUUCUAAGGAGAACUCACACAGUUGGAUCCGAUAAAGACGCCUCGCGCUCGAAGUUUGAGACCAUGAGCUGGGCGGUGGAGGAGUGGAAGGAUGGACUUCCAGGCAAAGCCCUGCAGAAGAUCCAGGAGAUGGAAGCCCAGUUGGACAAACUUAGGAAGGAGAGGACACAUAAACAGUUUCAGCUGGAGUCCUUGGAAGCUGCCUUACAAAAACAGAAACAAAAGGUGGACAAUGAACGUACAGAGAUCUCUGCUUUGAAAAGAGAAAAUCAGACUUUAGUGGAAUCAUGUGAUGCUUUGGAGAAAGGUCGUCAAAAGAUUGUUCGUGACCUCGGAAUCAAAGAACAGCAGGUGAGCUACUUAGAAGGUCAGCUUAAUUCCUGCAGGAAGACAAUAGAGAGACUGGAACAGGAGCUCAAAAAGUACAAAAAUGACUUGGAUCGUUCUCAACCCGCUGGCUCCUCCUGCUCCUCCUCUGAGCUGCAGCCUUGCAGCACGCCACAAAAGACUUUUGCUACACCAGCUCCAGUCCCAGCAUACAGACAGCAGGAUAACAAGCUGGAGGAGCUUCAGGAGAAAUACAACCAAGAAGUGGAGGAAAGAAAAAGACUGGAGACUGAACUCAAAGUUUUACAGGUCAAAACGUUGAGUCAGUCAUCGGUCAGCGUCAGCCACAAGGACAUCGCAGCUCGCCAAGCUGGAUCGUCUAUUUUUCCGUGGCAACAACAGGAUAACGGCGUACGUGGACAGGAUGCGAUGGAGACACCUCUGAAGAGACGAGGGACAUCCUUGUGGGAGUCCCAUGAGGAGACGCCCAUUAAAUCUAACCAGCGGAUGAGUUCAUCUAGAGCUGUUCAGAGUCCCUGUGGGUCCUCUCAGCAGACGGAGCAGCUAAAGACUCUUAACCAGGAGCUGCGCACUCGUGUGUUAGAGCUGGAGAGGAAUCUGUCCAAUCAGGAGAAAGAAAUCCGUAAUCAAUCUUCCAAACUGCAGGAACUCCAAACUCAUUUGAACCAGGCCCGCAAAGAUUUAGCUGAGCGGGACAGAGACCUAUCCAAAGCCGGUCAGGAGAGGAGUCAGGCUGCAGAUAGACACCAGCAGCUAGAGGCCAAGUGUUCAUCUGUGGAGCAGAAGCUGAAGCAGGUGUCAGAGGAGCUCAGCUGUCAGAGACACAACGCAGAAAGCUGCAAACGAAACUUGGAGCAGAAAAUUAAGGACCAAGAACGGAACAGUCAAAAGGAGCUGGCCCAGCUUCAGAGUUCUCAUCAGGCUUUGGACCAGCAGCUUAACCAGACCAGAACCAAACUUACACAAGAGGUCCAACAGUCCAAAAAAGACUACAAUGUGCUUCAGGCUGACAUGGAGAAGAUGCGCCUCCAGAAGAAUCAGUUGGAGAAAGAAAUUGAAGAACAGAAACAGAAAAUGCUGCGUUCAGAACAAAGCCUGCAGGCCAGCCAGAGCAAAGAGCAAGAGCUCUGCAAGAAAACAGAGGAGCUACAGAAGGAGAAAAACAGUCUGACUGUUCAGCUGGAUCGCAGCAGCAGGAGUCUGUCUCAGCUGGAAGAGGAGAAGAGGAGUUCAGACCAGGUCCUCAAACGCACACAGGGACUGUUGGAGGAUCUAAAAGCUAGAUCAGAAGGACAGAGUGAGGAUCUGAAGAAACUUCAGUCCAAACUUGAGCAGCAGAAUCAGGCUGCAGCACGAGAGCUGGACCUGUUAAAGAAAACACUUUCUGAAGCUGAGACCAAACAUGACAAAUCCCAGAACGAGCUUCAGAAGCAGAAGCAAGAGACGGAGAGGCUGAGCAGUAAGCUGGCUGUCGUCGAGAAGGAGAGCCAGGAGCUGAAGUCCAACCUCACUGCGAGCCAGAAUGAGAGUAAAGCUCUGAAACAGGAACAUCAAGCACUGCUGGAGUGGAAGAAGGAGAAGGAGGCUUUAAUAAACCAGACAGAAGCUGUGCAAACAGAGCUCAAUGGCAAAAUCAGCAGCUUGGAGAGCGACCUCACAGUUCUGAAUGAAGCUAAAAAUGACUUGCAGAAUAAGCUAUUGUGUGCAGAGGGAGACAGAACCAGCCUGUCUGCUCAGAUCGAUGCUCUGAAAGGAGAACUCCUCAACAAGAGCACAGAGCUGGAGGAGAAAGCGCAUCAGUACGAGAUGCUGCAGGUUCAGCUUUCUGAAGCUGGACAUAAACACAGCAAAGACCUGGAGAAUGUCGGGAAGCAGCUGGAUCAGCUCGGAGCACAAGUCAAAGAGCUGGAGUCACGGUUGCAGAAGGAAAUCUCUCGAGCAGAACUUGCUGAGAGGACAAAUGCUGAGCUGCAGGAGGAGCAGCGGGCAGCCUGUGACCUGCUGCACUCCAAGGAUCAGCUGGUGGAGCUGGGCCUGGCUGAGAUCAGUCAGCUGAAAGAAAGCCUCCAUCAGUCUGCUGCACAGCAGGAGGAGCUGAGUGUCAGACUUGCAGAGGAGAAGGAGGCUCUACUGAAGCAGUGUGAGGAGAAUGUUUUAGCCAAGGCUGAGGAGGUCGAGCACAUAAAGCUGCAGAAGGAGGAGGUCCAGCAGGAGCUGCUGCUCUCCAAAAACCAGAUCAGCUCAUUGGAGCAGUUCCUGAAGGUCCAGGAGCAGCUGGGAGCUGAGCUACAACAACUAAAUAAGACAAUGUCGGAGAAAGAAGAGGAACUCCGAAAGAUGUACGAGGAAAAAUCAGCAGAGUUGGGAGAGCUGGAGAAUGAGCUGAAGGAUCAGAGGAGCCAGACUAAGGAGAAGGAGCAGCAGCUCAGAGGGGCUGAAGCUCAGAUCGUGACUUUGGAGACACAAAAAUCUGAUCUGGAAAAUAAAGUUGAAGAAAUGGAGAAGAAAGCAGAGAUGUUGCAGCAGCGUCAAACUGGGAGGAUGAACGCCCUGCAGGAGCAAAUUGCCUCCUUAGAAGAGCAAGUAGCUGCAAACAGAGAAGCCGCAGAAGAGCUUCCAGUCCUGAAGAGACAGCUGGAGGAAACCAAUCAGUCCCUCCAUCGCAUUAAUGAGUCCCUAGAAGCUGCUGAGAAGAGUCUCUCUUCUACAAAUGAAAUAAAGGCCAGUCUGGAGAACGCUCUGUCUGAGAAAACAGAACAGAUUUCUGCUGUGGAGAAAGAAAUUAAAGAUCUCACAGAAAAGAUGCAAAGUGAGUCAAAGAGCCACAGUUUAGAGGUGGAAAACUUAGUCAACAAAGAGAAGAGCCUUCGAGAGCAGCUGGAGGUCACUCGGGGGUCGCUGGCUGCUGCUAAAACUGAAUCCAGUUCCCGUGGAGACGAGAUCCGAGCCAUGAAGUCCACUUUGUCUGCAGCUUCACACGGCCUGGAGGAGAGAGAUAACGCCAUAAAGAGUCUGAAGGAGAAGCUCAAAAAAGCAGAGAUGGAGCAGAUCAAAGCUUCGGAUCUCCUGAAGGAGAAGAUGGUCGCCAUGAAUAAAAUCAAGGUGCAGCUGGAGAUGCUGCAGAUGGAUCUGGAGGACAACGAGUCAGCCAUGAGCGCUGCCGACAAUCAGAUGAAGGAGCUCAAGGAAACCAUAGCAUCACUAAACACCCAGCUGGCUCAGAGCCAGACCCUGAUGUGUGAGAUGGAGGCCAGACUGGAGGAGAGCAAAGCCCAGGUCUCUGUGUUAGAAACCCGUCUAGAUGAGGUCCAGUCUCAGAACUCUUUGCUGGAGUCUAAAUACGUCACGGCUAAGGAGGAGCUGCUGGAGAGGAGCGGUGAAAUAACCCGUCUGGAGGAGGACUCGGUCAGACGACAGCAGCUGGAAGAGAGCGUUGCAGCUUUAGAGUCUAAGCUCCGUCAGACCGCCGAGUCAGAGACGAGGCUGCGGCAGACGAUUCAGGACAACAAUGACCGUCACUGUCUGCUACUGCAGGAGAAGGCCCACCUGGAGGUGGCUCUGAAACAGUUGCUGGACGAGAAAGAGCAAGUCGAUGCUGAAAAGGCAGAGAAGAAAAAGCUGGAGGUCCGAGUGGGUGAAUUAUCCAAAGAGAUGAAGCAGCUUCAGACUCGAGUUGAACAACUAUUGGAGGAAAAAAAGCAAAUGGAAGGGAAAGUUGAUCAAAUCGCUGCAGAAAAACUCAGAGUUGAAUCGGACUAUGAUCGGGUUGUGGAAGAACGAUCCCAGCUGGGUGUUACGCUGAGUUUGGUGAAGGAGGAGAAACUUCAGCUGCAGGGGGAACUCUGUACUCUGACCUCCGAGAAAACAGAUCUAGUCUCCACUUUAAAACGGAUCACGGAUAACUGUUCCCAGGUGUGUGAAGAAAACACGCAACUGCAGUCCAGGAUGAGCCGAACGACCGAGGAGAACCAGCAGCUACAAGCAAACAUAGAGAAGCAGCAAGAGGAGAUCACUUCUCUCGGAGAGGAGAACCAGUGUGUCCAGCGCUCCCUGGUGUCCUCAGAACAAGAGCGCCAGAACCUGAAGGAGCAUCUCGAGGUGACGGAGAAGAAGAAUGAAGAGCACAACAAAGAGCAGAACAGGAAGUUUGAGGCAGAUCAGGCUGAACUUCACCAGAAGCUCACAGUUUUACAGAUGGAGCUGACUGAGCUCCAGCAGCAGCACGAUCUACUGCUCCAACAGGUGGUCCAACAGCACGGCUUCAUACAGCAGCUCUCAGAACCACAGGGCGGCCCAAACCCAGCAGAGGAAAUCAGACACGAGGAACCAGAGGCUUCUGGGGUCUCUGCUGAGACGGAAGCCGAGCCAGAUUUUGGUACCAGAACCGAGUUUCCUCCACUUAACGAACAGCAGGAGCUUUGUGACAAGGACAAGAGAGAGGAAGAGGCGAGCUUCAAGGCGAGUGACUCCGAAACAGGGCUGAUCUAUGAUCAGCUGCAGGAGAAGAAGGAGACGUUUGAAGAAAUGAAAAAUGACGACGAGGUUUCAGAAAAUCAGCCUGAAACUUGUGACUGGCCUUCCGCUCCGAGUCCUAAACAAUCUCAGAAAUCACCUGAACACAAAUCCUCACAGGAACAAGACUUCAGCUCCUUUAAGGAACUCUUCUCAAAACAAGAGGGCCAGCUGGAGUCUCUCCGCUCAGACUGUGACCUGCUGAGAUCUGAGCUGCAGCUGAGAAAAGAGUUGACCUCUGACCUGGAAGUCCAAAUUCAGAGCUUGGAGCAGAAAGUUCAGGCUGCAGAGCAGGCGGCUCAUGAUGCUAUGCAUCAGCUGAGCACCACUUUGGAGGCAAAGAAAGUUCAGGAUGAGGAGGUGACUCAGCUGUUGGAGGAGAAGGAAACGUUAACUCUACAACUGCAAACGUCUAAAUGUCAGCUGAUGGACGUUGUGGAGAUGCUGGAAGGACUUGAGAUGGCAAAAGGUGGAUGGGAUGAAAAGUUCCUUCAGCAGGAGAGUGAGCUGAAGAGGGUUCGCUCAGAAAAGGCGAACCUGGAGCAGCACAUACUGGGAAUGGAGUCGGAGCUGGAGGCCAUGCAGGUGGAGAGCGGCAGGCUCAAAGAAGAAGUGGAGACGCAGAAGAGGACUUGUUCAGGAAUGGAGCAGCAGAUGGAAACGCUCCAGACAGAAACAAGCCAGCUGAGAUCUGAACUUGUGUCCUGCACUGAAGACCGAGAUGAGUUGAGCCAGUCUUUGGGUCGGUGGAGAGAAAAGGCUCACAGUUUGGAGAAGACUGACUGUGACACCAGGAAUUUAAUAUCCAUCCUGGAGGAUGACAUCAGAGCAGGAGGGAAGGAGAAGGAAGUCCUGCAGAGUAGUGUGGAGAAACUCGAGGCACAGAGGGAUCAGUUGUUGGAGCAGGUUAAGGUUCUGGAACAGGUGAUUUCUCAGCACAACGGAGAAACAGAGGAGCUGCUUGGUCGUCUCAACCAGAUCAGAGAAGAUCAGACCUCCAGCAGUCAAAACACAGAGUCCAUGGCCGGCAAGAUCCAGGCUUUACAGGGAGAAGUGUCCUGUCUGUCUCAGUCUCUGGAGGCGUCUCUGUUGGAAAAAGGAGAGAUUGCAUCUCGUUUGAACUCCACUCAGGAUGAAGUCCAGCAGAUGAGGACCGGCAUCGAGAAGCUCCAGGUCCGCAUCGAGUCUGAUGAGAGGAAGAAAAAGAAGAUGGGCGAGCUGCUGAAAGCUGCCCAGAGGAGAUCCGACUCGCUGCAGGAUCGCAUCGAUGCUCUGCAGCGAGAGAAGGAAGAUUUGGAGCAAAGUCUAGAGGCAGCUGUGAUACAGGCUGAAACAUCCAAAGCUGAGCUGGAGGAUGAGAGGAAAAGGGUGGAAGAAGAGAAGAAGGAGCUGAACAAGAAGCUUUCUGACCUCUCUGCCGCCCUUGACAGCCUGAGAUGUGAGAAAGCACAUCUGGAGAGGGAGCUGGAGGCCAAAAACAGUGAGAUCGAAGAGCUGAAGGCAGCCAAGGAUGAGUUGGAAAGAGGGCUGGAAAGGGCGGAGUUGGACAGGAGAGAGGAAGAGGAAAGGCAGAGAAAUCGAGUGGACGAGCUGGAGAAGGGACGAAGAGAGGAUGCGGAGAAACAAAUUAGGCACAUAGAUGAUCUCCUGGCCCAACUGGGAGCCUCUCGGGAGAGGGAGGGUUCACUGGAACAAAAGUGUGUGGAAACGGAAAGAGAAAAGCAGAAGAUCCAGUCUGAGCUGGUGGAGCUGGACAAGGAGAAAGAAUUUCUGUGUGGUUCACUUCAGGAGCUGCAGGCAGAUGGAGAGAGGCUCUGCUCUCAGCGGGACGACCUGAGGACACAAAUGGAAUCUUUGGGAGAAGAAAUAAAAGAUCUUCAAACACGUCUAGAAGUUAAAGAAGAAGAGCUGCGAGCUUCGGAGAAGGAGAAGGAGGAAGACACAAGAGCAUCCGUUAAAUCCAUCUCCUCUCUCACAGCAGAGAAAGAGCAGUUAGAGGAAAGAAACGGGCGACUAGCAGAAGACAAGGAGAAGCUGCAGCUGAGGCUGUUCACGCUGGAGGAGGAGAGGGAGAACGUGCUCUGCACUCUGGAGUCUGAGAAACAGGAGAAAGACAAACUGAAUCAGGAGAGAAGAGCGUUGGAAGAAGAGAGGAGCACGCUCCAGAGUCAAAUCUGCCUGAUGGAAAAGGAGAAACAGGAGUUGCAUCAAACUCUUUCUCUAUCACAACGAGAAAUGGAGAAAACAGAGCAGGAAAAACUGAAAUUAGAGGCUGAAAAAGAACAACUGCAGUCCUCGGUUUUUAAACUAGAAGAAGAGAAGAAGAACCUGUCCUCGGUCGUUUCUCUGCUGGAUCAGGAGAAGCAGCAGGCAGAGGAGGAGAGAGAGAGGCUCAGAGAAGAACGUGAGACUCUUCAGACGACUGCUGCAUCUUUGGAGAAGGAACUAGAAACAAACAGACGGUCCGUCUCAGAACUCGGCAAACAGGUGUCUGACUUAACGUCUCAAGCUGCUCGUUUGUCUAAAGACAAAGAUUCUGCUUUAAGCAAAAUGAGCCUGUGGAUGAAGUCCUGCAAGCAGCUGGAGCAGGAGAAGCAGAUGCUGUUGGACAGCUCAGAAGGACGAAGCAGCGAGGACCUUCAGACCCAAGUGAACCUGCUGAAGAAGGAGGCAGAGGAGAGGCAGAAGGAAGCCGAAGGCCUGAAGGCUUCCCUAGAGAAGAAAAAGAUGGAGUCAGAUGAGAGACUAGAGGAGAAUCGUAGAAAAAACAAAGAGCUGAAGGAGCUGACGGACUCCCUCGACAGAAAGAAUAAGGAGAUUGAGGAGAAGGAUUGCGAGUUGGAGGAGGUGAACAGACUUCUGGAGGAGAAAAGCAGAGAGGCUGAUGAGAGCUUGGAUAAAUACUGCAGCUUGAUGGUUAAAGUCCAUAAACUAGAGGAGAGCAACGAAGGGCUGAAGGUACGAUUGGAGCACUUAUCUGCAGCUCAGCACACUAAUGAACCCAACGACGCAGACAAGCGCCGACGUUCAGGAAGGAAGUCCUCCAAACCGCAGGAAGUUAAAAAUGAUAUGGAGAACCUGGUCCCCUCAACGGUUCUCAGGUCUCCCCGGGGCCCGUCUGCUGGGAAACGAGGUGUCGGCGAGAUGAGCGACAAAGAUGGCGCCCAGGAAGCUCUGCACAAUCUGACAAAGAAGAUCAAAGCCAGCGUCGUCAUGACAACGCCCAAACCGGGACCUGAGCAGGAGGAUGAAGAGUUCAGACCAGAGGGACUUCCUGAGCUGGUGCAGAAAGGGUUUGCUGAUAUUCCUUUAGGAGAGGCCAGUCCGUUCAUCGUGAGGAGAACCACGGCGAGGCGCUGCAGCCCGCGGCUGGCCGGCCGGCAGACUCUACCCGAUGCCAAGGUUUUGGGACCCAUCCCACUCCAGAGCCCAUCUUUAAUGGCGAGUCCGUCCCAACGGAGUGAAGACGAGGCAGAGCAGAGAGAGAGGCAGGUUUUAACAGAUCAAAGUGCACAAGGUGACAACUGUAAGAUCCAGUAGGUUCCUUCACUCCAAUGUAGAAACACACGACCCUAACCAAUAUGUAAUUCUCUACAUUUACACCAUCACAUUAUUCUAUAACACACCAGUUUACUCUCUCUCUGCUAAAACCUGAGUCACAAAUAAAAACCUACAAUUAUUUUUCUUUAUUUUUGUUCUCAGUUAACCUUCAGAACCAGUCUCCUCUCACGUUUGUCUGCUAUGGUUCACUGUCCCUGUCUGGCUGAGGACCAGACAUGUUUUUUUAGUGGUUUGAGUUUAUAAAUAGAUUAUAUCUGCAAAGCUUCACUUAUGUGGCAGCUAAGAUUGUUGCUGUAGUUUUUUUUUUCAACUCUUGGAGGUUUUUAUAUAUAUAUAUUUAGAGGUUUUUCUGGUUUUGCUCCACUUUUGUUGUUUUAGUAUUAAAAUGUUUCUGUUUAUUGUAAAUAGUUUUUACAGCAAACAUUCCUUUUUUUAACUAAACAUUUUAAACACUU